UUGUGUGACAUCUAUCUUCUUUAACUGUAAAAGAGAUAAUUUGUCAUCAAGCACUUUGAUUUCAAGUAAUGUUGGAAGGCAAACUACUAAUUACUUCUCAACUAUCCCAUAUCAGGACCUGCAUACCAACACCAACCACCAAUAGAAACUUUCGGAAUAUCAUAAUAUGCCAUUAUGAUUCUGCUUUUAUUGUGAUAAUAAUCAUCCAAAAUUUGUAUCAUUUUGGAUGACUGCACUGUACUGUAUUGUUUCACUGUUUAAAAAUUUUAACCUAUUGCUAGUCCUGAACUGGAUUCCAGUAAGAAAACUGUGAACUACAUACAUUAUACUAAGACUAGUAAAUUAGUGUUGUAUGUAACCACUUUAGUCUAAAAUGAUCAAG